ACACCGUCUGUUCCAUCUUCCUCCUCGACAUGUACUAUGAUGUUUUUCAAAAAUACAAAAACAAUGGCGAAACAAGCAACACCAGAGCAACCCUCGUCAUCGAGUGAUCCCAAGUACAAGGGUGUACGGAAGAGAAAAUGGGGGAAGUGGGUGUCUGAAAUCAGGCUACCAAACAGCCGUGAGAGAAUUUGGUUAGGAUCAUUUGAUACAGCAGAAAAGGCAGCGCGUGCUUUCGACGCUGCCUUGUAUUGCUUACGAGGGCGAGAAGCAAAGUUCAACUUCCCUGAUAAUCCACCAGAUAUACCCGGUGGGCGAUCACUUAAUCCACAAGAAAUCCAGGUGGUUGCAUCGAGAUAUGCGAAUGAAAACUCAAGUUCCCCGUCGACGACAACAACAAUGAUGGAAUCAUCAUCAUCAUCACGGCAAGUGAUGGAAUCUUCGUCAUCAGACGGAGCAGCACAGGUGGACUGGUCGUCAAUUCUGAAUGAGUUGGAUUAUAAUGAAAAUGCUCCAGAGUACGGACUUUAUCCUGGAAUGGACAAUGAGUAUUAUCCACCACUGCCACUACCAUCUGUUCUUGAUCAUGAUCGUAAUGUGAAUGAUGAUGAUGAUCAAAAUGGGGAUGAUGUUUAUCCCCUCUGGAACUUUUCAAGCUUUUAGAAUCCGAAGGACUUCAUCAGGUGUUCGACAAAAUUUCGCUGCCGAAAAACUGAUUUUUUUAUCCUUCUAAUUUAUUACAAAAAAUAUAGAGUACUGUAUAUUUUUUUAGGGGAAAAUAAUAAUAAUGGGAGGCAUUUAUCCAAUAUAUCUGUAAAAUUUUUUUUCGUCAAUUUUACUUUUCAAAAUUCAAGAUAAAUAUUAUUAUUAUUAUUUUUUGCUAAAAUAAAAAUAAUUUAUUGGGGAGUUGGAAUAGAAGAGUGAGGUGCAGCAAGGGAGAAACUACCAGGUGAUGUAGGGAGGCAGAUGAACAUUGAACGUGGACUAAUCCCCCACGUGAAACACAAUUUUAGAGUAUAAUAAUUAUAUAUAACCAUUUAAUAGUAUCAAAAUAUGUUUGUUCAAAAAAAAAUAG